GUUCAAACCAAAGAAAAUAGAUCGAAUUUGAUAUCGGACUAGCUCGUAAAGGUUAAAAUGUUUGUGUAAAUAAAAUAGGGAUUGAAAAUGAAAUUCACCGCUGUUAUACUCCUAACGGAUAUUUUCAUCACAGCUGAAGGAUGGCCAUGUCUGACGCCAGUCAGAGAAGUUUACAGCCAAAUCAACACUGCUGCAGUUCUCCAGUUCACUGCUGACCUUACAAAUUUGAAUUCACCAAGAACGUUCUUUGUGAAGUUUCAUGAUGGCACUGUCCGAGCUAUGAUAAGAUACAAUGCAGACAAAAGUUAUACGACCGAUUCACAACCUGGUGUCAGUAUAACAGCGAACACAGCUGGAAUUGUUGCUGUUACAUUUGAAAGUGUUCAAAAGAACAGUGCUGGGAUUUACACGUUUGGAAGUGCUGGAUUUUCAUUCAGGUGUAACUGUUUGUACAUAUUAGGUGAACCUACAAAACCAAACAUAACGUUGAAAUACGUACCAUUUGUAAGAGACAGUACAACAUUAACGUGUAGCAGUACAUCUACUACCACACCCAGCAACCACAGCCUUAGUUUGACAUAUAACUGGAGAGUUGACAAGGAAGACAAUCCAGGUGGAUCUAGAUAUUCGUACUCAUCCAGCAAAAAAACACUGACUCUGUCAAACAUUGUAAAAAAUGAUACCUAUAAACAGAUUACAUGUAAAGCUAAAGAAGUUGUCACUGAUGGAUAUGCAUCUAUUAGAAGUGAUUCGUUUUCAUUUGAUGUCCUUUAUGGACCAGAUACAGCAAAUAUCAACGUGCAGUCACCGUACAAUAUGACAGAAGGUGAUACAAACGUUAGUAUAGAAUGUUCUUCUGACUGCAAUCCAGGAUGUUCAUAUACAUGGACAAAUCUUACAAGUUAUUCAAGAAUAAGCACGAAUGGUGUGCUAUUCCUUGACACAGUGAACAGAUAUAUGACUGGUGAUUACAAAUGCACAUCUAGCAAUACAGGCAUUCAGAAUAAGUCCUCAGAGACAACUAUCUCUACCAUUGUAAAUUAUCAAACAGCAGUUACGUCAUUCUACAUUGCACAUGAAGGUCAGACAUUGGUUACAGUAAACGAACAUGAUGUACAUAUCAGAAUAACUUGCGAAGUCGACAGCAACCCUGCUUCAACUAUCAAAAUAACGUUUGAUGGUGAAAUAUUACAAGAACAGACCAACAUAAUGGCGCUGUCAUACACGCUCAAUGACGUCACUUGUCUCCAGGCUGGUGUUUACACUUGUGAAGGAUAUAACGAAUAUGGACAGCCUUCAAUAAUGAACGCGACUUUGUUCGUUAGAUGUUCCCCACGUCCACUUCACCAGUUUAAACGGAAUAUUACAAGCACUUUACAUACUCCUGUAACACUGAGCUUUACCACACUAGCAUACCCAGAGCCCGGUCCUUCAGGUUUCUCAUGGCACAAAGAAGAUGGUGUAAGAUGGACACCAUUGAUGAGUAAUGCUGAUUUGAAGAUAUCUUCAUCUGGACUGCAGACUAAUCUAACUCUUCUGAAUGUAUCACAGUCUAAUUAUGGACAGUACAGAGUAACGGUGGUUAAUGGUCUUGGCUCUUUUGAACAGUAUAUGUAUCUUAAACCUGAAGAUAUCCAUAUGCAAAGCCAGACACUCAACAAUAGAGGAUCGACCGUACCGAAUCACACAAAUAGAGGAUCGACCGUACCGAAUCAGACACAAGGUAUCAACAACACAGAGACUGACAACACUGCCAUGAUUGUAGGAGUUACACUUGGUAUAUUCAGUACAGUAGUUGUUGUUUAUGCAAUCUAUCUUACUAUCUUAAUGAGACGGAAAUCGACAGACAAAGGUACAUUUAAAAACUUACUCAGGAAAAAAACGCACCCUAGCGGCAGAAAAUACUUCUCUCCGCAGCGAAUUAGUUUACUCCGCAGCGGAUACAGAACGUAUUUUGAUUGAUCAAUAGGUAUGACUUCAAAUCAGUCAAAACAGUAUUCAGUUAUUUUGAAAAAAAAAACUAUUUCAAACAUUAUUUGGUAAAUUACAUUUGCCAUUUUGCCCACACAGCUCGAGUUCGCAGUACACGAGUCCAGGGUUUCCCACUUAAAUGACAUCAUGAAUUUACUAUAUUUUGAAGGUAGGAAGUAGUUCUCUUCGCAGUGAAUACAGAACUUCAUUCGAUUGUUGAAAAUUAUUCAUCACUCAAAAAAUCGU